GUAAUCCUCGUCAACUCGUCAGCACUCGCCGUUCAGCUGCUCGAGCGAAAGAGCGGGACCUACUCGUCUCGAGCUAGGUCUAUCGCCGCAGGCAAGCACCUUAGUCAGGAUAAAAGGCUUGUGCUGCUGCCGUACGACGACACUUGGAAACGACAUCAUCGAGCGUUUGCUCGCCUCUUCGGCAAAGAUAAAAUCAACAACACGUACCGCAAAGCGUUGGAUCAAGAGAGUCUGUUCCUCGUUCAAGGUCUCGUCGCUUGCAGCGAUACGGAUCAGAGGCCCGUCGAUGGCGUGACUGCUUUGACAUCACGAUUCACGGCUUCAUCCGUUCUGCAGAUCGCAUACGCACGCAGGGCGCUAUCUAGUCAUGACCAGAUCCUCAAAAACCUCGCCAAAGUAUCCGAAAACAUUGCCCUCGCGUCCACACCCGGUGCCUUCUGGGUGGAAACCCUUCCGUUCCUCGAUAUCUUGCCGAUGUGGAUCAGCCCAUGGAAACGGAGGCUAAAAGAGGCUCAUGACUUCGAGAUGUCCAUCAACGGCGGACUGGUUGCCGACGUACAACGUCGCAUCACCGAAGUCGAUGAUAGCAUAUUCGAUGCCUCAGAUACCCUACGACUGGACCUUGACGAUAUCGCCUAUCUUGCAGCUACUGUCUUCGAAGCUGGAACCGAGACCACCGCAAUGACGUUAAACACGUUCCUUCUGGCCUGCAUCUGCUUCCCGGACUUCGUUCCACGAGCUCGAUCCGAGAUUGACAGGGUAUUGUCUGCAUAUCAGAUCCUAGAUCAGUCAGUCCCUAAACUCUCAGCCAAUCUACCGUCUUUCGAUCAUAUGGAGCAGAUGCCCUACGUUCGAGCAGUGAUUCGCGAGACGCUUCGCUUCACCCCGACGGGUAGUACAGGCGUCGCGCACAUCUCGACAUCCGUCAGGGAUGAUGAUAUCGAGUAUGAAGACCCGAACGGCGCGAGGAUACGCUACCGUAUUCCGGCGGAAUGCACGGUGCUGCCCAAUAUUUACGGCAUACACCAUGACGCGGCUCUGUAUCCAGACCCGUAUCGUUUCCGGCCCGAACGUUUCCUCCCUUCUGGACUGGGUGCUGGGCAAAGUCCGCCCAUCAAUGCCAGGGGUCAGCGAGGAUCGUCCUCGGAUCUCACUGCCGGCCACCAUGCUUUUGGCUUCGGGCGACGCAUUUGCCCUGGUUUGGACCUCGCGUCAAACUCGUUGUUCAUAUCUGUAUCGCGGAUUUUGGCAUGCUUGGAUAUCCAGCCG